AGGAGGCAGAAUUUCAGUGCUUAGAUUCUAAGCACAUGUAAACCAGAUUGAACUACUUCGAAGCAACCAAAAUGGAGGGCGAUUGGUUGGCGAUGGUAAAAGAGCAAGAACAACAUGCAUUAAAGAAGAAACCACAAAAUGCGGAAGGUGCCACUGGUUUGGAAGCCAAGGUCAACAGUUUAAAUGUAGCAGAUGAGAAGAAAUCAGCUACUGGUCAACAAGAUUCCAAAGAGGAAGCCAGUCAAGCUAAAAAAAAUGGAGCAGAUAGUGAAGAAAAGGAAGUGACUGUGGCAGAGGCGUCUUUGAUGACAAAAGUAUUGCGAACUCAUUUGACAAAUGUUAAGAGUGAGGUGGAAGUGUUGCAAAGAGACCCAAAUUCACCACUGUAUUCUGCAAAAACUUUUGAGGAGCUGGAUUUAAAUGAUGAUUUGUUGAAAGGUGUAUAUGAUAUGGGGUUCAACAAACCAUCAAAGAUCCAGGAGACUGCCCUUCCCAUGCUUCUUGCAUAUCCGCCAAGUAAUAUGAUUGCCCAGUCCCAAAGUGGCACAGGAAAGACAGCAGCAUUUGUUUUGUCAAUGCUUUCAAGAGUUGAUGUCAGUAAACCGUAUCCUCAGGCUCUUCUGCUAUCGCCAACCUUUGAAUUAGCACGACAAACUGGAUCUGUCUUGUCAAGGAUGGGCAAGUACUUAAUGGAAAAAGGAUUGAAAGUGGAUUAUGCUUUAAAAGGCCAACGAGUGCCAAGAGGGGAAAAGUCGCAGUGCCAAGUGGUAAUUGGAACACCGGGCACAGUACUUGAUUGGCUGCUCAAGUAUCGUCGCUUUGACGCCAAGAAAAUAUCAAUAUUUGUACUCGAUGAAGCGGAUGUCAUGAUAUCAACACAGGGACAUCAGGAUCAAUCGAUUCGAAUUAGGAGAAACUUGGGUAAAGACUGCCAGUUGCUACUGUUUUCUGCAACUUACGAUCAAGAAGUGAUGAAUUUCGCCAGCUCGAUCGUCCAGAAUCCUGUGGUAAUACGACUCCGCAGAGAAGAGGAAAGUCUCGACAACAUCAAGCAGUUUUAUGUCAAUUGUGAAAGCGAGGAGAAGAAAUACGAGGCUUUGGCCAAUUUAUAUGGGGUUUUGACGAUUGGACAAUCCAUGGUGUUUUGCCACACGAAACGAUCGGCUUCGUGGUUGGCUGGAAAAAUGACAAAAGACGGCCAUGCUGUUGGUUUGCUUACAGGAGAACUUGAGAUUGAGCAGCGACUGGCGACCCUUAACCGUUUUCGUGAUGGAAAAGAAAAGUUGCUAAUAACGACCAACGUUUGUGCUAGAGGGAUCGAUGUAGAGCAAGUGACAAUUGUUGUCAAUUAUGACAUACCAGUGAACCAAUCAAACAGGCCUGAUUUUGAGACAUACUUGCAUAGAAUUGGAAGGACAGGUCGCUUUGGGAAGAAGGGACUUGCAAUUAAUUUUGUUGAUGGAACAAGGUCGAUGAAUAUGGUGAAGCAGAUUUCUGAACACUUUAAAAAACCCAUCAACAGACUUGUAACAGAUGAUUUAGAUGAGCUAGAGAAACUAGAAUCGUUUGCCUAAUAAAUUUGAACGGUGUCAUGCAUGACACUACUACACAUUGGUAACUAGCGAAUGAUGAUUUCUUGCAACACUCUUGUCUUUAAGAUCAUCAGUGUAGUACUUUCUAAGAUUAGUAGCUUGUCAAAAUAUUGAAGAUAUUACGAGCUCUCUUUGUCAAUAUGGGAAUCGCACAGUUUCCACUAUUAUAGCGUAUCUUAUUGGGGCAUUUUAUGUUAUAUAUAUUAUGUUCAAAUUUGAUUGUUUUUCAGCAUCUUGCUUUUGGGUGUUUUUCAUGCUGUAGUGAAUAUUCGUUAAUUUUAAGCAUUUUCCUUUCUCAGUUUUCAAUUCAGAAGCCAUUUUUGGAAAAUAGAAACUAGAAUUA